UACCAACCAACACAACACAUGAAAAACGAGGAAAAAUGGCCUGUCGCUCAGAGAAAAAUGGAAAAGGCAUCAUUUAGCUCAACGAAGACACUUGCGGGCGGGUCUAGUACUGAUGCCAGAAUAAGCAUUGGAAUAUUCAUGUGUUGGUUUGCAGUGAAGCUAAAUUACUGAAGAUGAUGGAGCCAUCACCCUCCGUGAUUUAAAAUGGGAAUGCACGAACACAAUGGACAACAAGGAGUGUAAGACGUGCCAAGGAGGGAGGCUGGCCUCUACUGCAGGUGACAAUCUGGAUGAAUAUUUAAUUGCCCUCCAGCACAAAAACAGAAUCCUAAAACGCCUUAAAGAGAAAGAUCCAAAGGAAAUUGAGUUGGAGCGACUUGAGCAAGGCUUUUCUAUUUAUCUUAAUGGUGCCAAUGCUGAAGUCAACCGGAAAGAGGCUCCAAAGAACUUUCUCCACAAGGCCACCACUUCCCCGCCUUCCUGGAGGCCUGCGCGGACAGCAGAUGCCUGUAGAAGCGCCCACCAGUUAACUGAAGAUAGCCAUAAUCUGGAAUAUACUCAGAAGCAAAGGAGUCACACUGCCCCAGGGAAAGUCCAACGGAAACAAUGGAUGCAGGAUUCAGUGAAAAUACGCUCAGAGACUGGGCAGAGUUUGAAAAUAACCUCAGAAAAACGCUAUUCAGACGAUUUUGAGCCAUAUGAAAGCAUGGAUAUGGAGAGAACCAGUCCUCACUCACCUCGCAGCCCGCGUUCUCCCAGAAAUACCUGCCAACUUUCACGGUCCAGAUCCGAGAGCCAAGGCAGUCAUAGUGAGGAACAGAACGAAAAAGUACUUCUGAACCUUGAGGAAGUUAAGGUUUUGCGACGUAGCCUUGAGGUUAGCAUGCGGCGGAGCAACCGUGGCUCAGCUGGGGAGGAGUCUGAGGAGGAGUGGGUGGAUGAACACAUUGAAAGAGAUGAGAGUACAGAGAGCCUGGAUGAACUGGGGCUUCCUCUGACUUCAUCCAAGUCUUCGUCAAACUCUCGAGCCAACGAAUCCCAUAGCCAUAACCUUGUAGUCUUAGACUUUGGACCCUCACCUAAAGGUCGUAAGAUUGAACGCUCUAUAUCAGCAAAAAGGAAAGACAAUGUGGACAGCUUUAUACCAACGAAGCCUAUGUUGGUAAAAAGCAAAACAUUAGACAGACCCCCAUCAAAGGACUGGGAUAGUCAGAGAACAAGGAGAGUAGAGAGACCCCUGUCUGUAGUGAGAAAGACUUCCCUGGAGGAGCGUGACCCAGACAACAUGGCAUGCAAUGUGCGUCAAGCCAUCCAGAAAGAAAACAGCUCUGUGCAGAGUUCUGAUGCUUUCAAUCGCAGCCUGGGCAGGGGGCCUAAUCUGAUGAAUGGUUUAAUGCAUAGCACUGCUCAUGACAAGCAGGACAACAGUGUCACAAUGGCUAUGCAACGAAUAACGCUUAUGGGCCCAAGACAGCAGCAGAAACUUCUCAAGGCUUUGGAACAGCUGGAAACUAGCCCUAGGUAUAACUUUUCUCAGUGUGGCAAACUGGACCACAGCAAACAGUUGAGAAGACAGUCUUCCACAGAGGUCACUUCAGCUCUUUAUGUUACCAUGGAGAUUCUUUCCAACUGGGGGAAUGCUCUGCAGGUUGGCCUGACUGAGCUACAGUUUUUCUGCCUUAAAAACAAGAAGCUGUAUGUGUCACCUCAUGACUUGGACAUUAGAAACACUGACUUCCCUGGCAAUCUAGGAGCACUUGUAAAUGGUAAAAUGAAGACCACGAAAGACCGUCAUAUGUGGACAUGUCCCUUCCACCCUCCUAUCCAGCUUUAUUUCAUCAUCAGAAACACUGAACGCACCCUGGAUUUUGGGAUAUCUCGCAUAAAAAUCUGGAACUACAACCGAAGCCUCAAUGACCUUGACAUUGGUGCAAAGCAUAUAAAGCUGUACCUCAACAGCACAUUGGUGUUUGAAGGAGACCUAGACAAGGGCUGUGGUAACCAGGUUUUUGACUACAGUACUACCAUCGAUCUGCAGGAUUUUCAGGUCUCAGACCUGAUCUCUAGCCCGGUGUCCUCGGGACACAGUCUGCGAGGUGUUAGCCCUCAGCGCAAUGAGGAACGUAGAGCCAGUAAUGACAGCAUUAUUCAGCGACACCAAAGCUAUAAUCCAUCACCAGAGAUUUUGGGACAGGCAAUGAUGGACAUGCAGGACUCUCAUUCCCCGCUACCACCCAUCUCCUCUUUUGGGGCCUCUUCAUCUUCUGUGUGUUCACCUCAGAGAAACUCUUUUGUCCUGUCUGCCACUGAGGAGCCAUCUGCAGUCUUGGAGCAGACAGUCACUACUCAGCCUGCCUCUACUAGAGUGGCCCCGCAGUGGCUGCAGCCCUUAAAUCGAGGAGCCCCUGAAGGCUGUGAGACCAGCAGAGAGAAGCCCAGAUGGUUAGUUCCUCAGCAAUCUGCAGAGCCUAAAGCUUCCCCAGUCUCAUCAAGCUCCAUGCUUCCGGAGCUCCCAUGUAAUCCAGGCCGCGUGUGUCGAGGAGGGGAAAGAGCUGCCAAUGGUGGCCAGCGGAGAGCAGAAUCUUUGGACUGUGAUCUGCUGGAGGAGUUUGUAGAAUCAAAACCGGACAAACCCAUCAGUGGACGUAGGAGUUCAUUCCGAAACACUUCCAGAAGGGCAGAAGAAAUAUCCUUCAGAUCGUCUGCAUUAUCCAGCACAGAUGACCCCCUUUCUAAUGUAAACACAAGUAGAACACAGAGUGCCCACAGCCAGCAGGACGACAGCCUCAUGGAGUCUUGGGACUCCCUCAUAAAGUUCAAUCAGCACCAGCGGGGACGCAUCUCAAAUAUGGGGUUUGAAGGGGAUAUCUUUGAUGAGUUCCUACAGCGCCAGGGCCGUGGCCCACCCACUGUUCAAACUAACCCUUCAACAGCUCCCAGAAGCCCCUUGUCCUCCUCCUUUGUUCUUCCUGAUGAAGACCCCUCUAUGGAGCGGGAGGAGGAGUUUGAGAUUCCUGUGCUGCCUAAGGGCCAGAGGCUGGUGAUCAACAUAUUGUCCACUUGGGGUGAUCGCCAUUAUGUGGGUCUCAAUGGACUGGAAGUGUUCAGCUCCAGUGGAGAGCCCCUUAAACCAAUUCACAUUAGCGCUGACCCUCCAGAUAUUAACAUCCUGCCUGCUUAUGGCAAGGACCCACGUGUGGUCACAAACCUGAUUGAUGGAGUAAAUCGCACACAGGACGACAUGCACCUUUGGCUGGCUCCUUUCACUCCUGGACGAAAUCACACAGUUUUUCUUGACUUUGGUGCUCCGUUUCAUGUGGCCAUGAUCCGUGUGUGGAACUACAACAAGUCCCGUAUUCACUCAUUCCGUGGAGUGAAGGAGGUAGAGAUGCUGCUGGAUGGCAUUUGUAUAUUUAGAGGUGAAAUUGCCAAAGCAUCAGGGACCCUCUCUGGUGUUUUUGAUUGUUCCAUUGUAGGGCUAGACCAGUUUGGUGACACUAUUCUGUUCACCACUGAUGAUGACAUUUUGGAGGCAAUGUCUCGAUAUGAUGAAACAUUUCUCACUGAGGCUGAGUGUCCAGAUAACCUGGUGUAUGAGGAGGAACUCCAAAGGCCACGCACUGCAGAUGGAGAGGGAGAGGAAAGACCGUUUACUCAAGCAGGAUUCAGAGAAGAAGAUCUCAUUCUGAAACUCCAGCUGAACCCCUCCAGUACUCAGUCAACAGACUGUGUGGAGCAUGUUCCUGGGUUGUACACUGGAAAGUGCCUUAGAAUAGAGAUGGUGUUGACUUGGGGGGACUCUUACUACAUGGGCUUGACGGGGCUGGAGGUGGUGGGCAAGGAAGGCGACAGUUUACCGUUAGACCUCAGCAUUAUGGCUGCUUCACCCAGAGACGUCAAUGACCUGCCUGAGUAUGGACAUGAUCUGCGGACCUUAGAUAAACUUAUAGAUGGCCAUAAUAUAACAACUGAUGAUCAGCACAUGUGGCUGAUCCCUUUCUCCUAUGGAGAACCUCACACCUUAAUCAUUAAUUUUAACAAAGUCCAGACCAUUGCUGGACUUCGAAUCUGGAACUACAACAAGUCACCUGAGGAUUCCUACAGAGGGGUGAAAUUGAUCCAUGUGUUAAUGGAUGAUGUGGCUAUCUCUCCAUCUGACGGCUUUCUCAUAAGAAAAGGACCUGGUAACUGCCAUUUUGACUUUGCUCAGGAGCUCCUCUUUGUUGAUUUUCUUCAGACACCAACUGAAACAAAGUGUGCAGAGAUCUUCCCUUACAAAGAAAAUGCUAAGAAACAAGAAGAGGCUAGUAUGGACUAUGAGGCUCUUAUUAUGCCUUCUGGAUUCAUCUUUCAGUUGCAGCUUUUAACCACAUGGGGUGACCCUUAUUACAUUGGUCUCAAUGGCCUCGAGUUUUAUGACCAGAACCAUGAAAAAAUCACACUGAGUGACAACAACAUUGCUGCAUUUCCUGACAGUGUGAAUGUACUGGACAAUGUAACAGGCGAUGUGCGGACCCCAGAUAAAUUAAUCGAUGGGGUUAACAAUACCCAUGAUGGGAGACACAUGUGGUUGGCUCCAGUUCUUCCAGGACUGGUCAAUCGUGUAUAUGUGAUAUUUGAUCAGCCAGUCACCGUAUCUAUGAUAAAGUUAUGGAACUACUCUAAGACUCCACAACGGGGAGUCAAGGAGUUUGGGUUGCUGGUGGAUGACCUCUUAGUGUAUAAUGGGAUAUUGGACUGUGUAAUUCAUGUGACAAGAGGCAUUUUGCCAACCUGUGACCCAUUUGUACCUUACCACACUAUCCUUUUCACUGAUGAUGCUUACAUUGCACACAGGGAAAGAAACACUGUUAUCAGCAAUUAUGUGGAAGAUCAAGAUGUCAAAAUGACCAAUGAGAAUCAGAUUGUCCAUUACAACAAAAAGAAACAGACUGCAGAUCCAGCUCUUCGGCCUAAAACAUGUAUGACCGAUGGUGGAAAACAUGGAAAGAGGAGGUAUUGACUACACGUAAUUGGAGUCAUCUUAUUUCUGGUUGGUGAAUUUAAUUAAAGGAGCGGAGCCAUUGUAGGCAGUUAAAGCUCACACUGAAGACAAGAGUGACCAUAGAUGUCUAUACAGUGAUUCAGUCAUUUUAUGGUUGGAUAGUUGGGUUUGCAGCUGAGCUCACUUUAGGCCUCACAUGUGCUGUACCGUUGCCGUGGGUGACUAUACCAGGUUUUACCAGUCAGGCUGCAUUCAUCAGCCAUGUUAAUGUGCCUACUACUCUACACUAUUAUUGUGGCUGCUACUUGUGACCUGUGCUGCACAUUAAAAUGCUGCUUUGUGAUGUGUAACUACUCAAAGCGAUGCCCAAAUCACUUUUUAUUCAACUACUGAUGAGCCUGGGUCAUGAAUCCUUGGCUAAUUUACACUUUGCCAGUUCACAGACAAUUGCAAUGCUAUGCAGACGCUAAUAUCCAUAUGUAUUCUAGCCUAGAUGUAGUUGUUUAUUUAUUUGUUGGCUACUUGCUUAACAUGUUGUAUGUAAUGUGUAUGGGUUUUACAUGGAAGCGCUUUAAGAUUUAUAUUGAUGGGUCAAGGCUCAAACUCUUCACUUUUGUAAACGGACAUCUCUAGCUAUACAGAUUAGUUUAUGAGAUGUUUUUCUGAAAUCCCAAAUACUCUUCUUUGAACCAGACAGAGAAUCUUGUUUGAAAAUCAAGUGACCUUUUUAAAAUACUCCCGAGUUAUUGAGCCUGUAAAGCAGCUUUGAUAAGUCAAUUUAAAAUGGUAAGGUCUACAUUUACUAGUUUAGAUUUUGGGAUCAUAGUUAACCUGUUAUGCAAAUACCUAAAACUUACCUCAGAGCAAUCUUUUAAAAGGAUGAAAUGUUCUUCUACAUUCAACACAACACUUAUCAGUAGCUGUUGUAGUUCAAUGUUUUUCCAGUGCUCGCAUGACAAAGUGUUUUCAGCAAUGACCAUUGUUAUGUUAUGCUACAAUGCGCCUCAUCACACAUUUUCCUUCUCCUCAGAUGGAGUAAAGAUAUUGUACAUGUGUAAAUACAUAUAUGAAAUGCAGUUUUUUGUAUUUUAUUUGAACUGCAACAAUAGACAUUACUCUGUUUAACGGUCCCUUUCUGUUGAGCAUUGUUGUAUAAGUGACAUUUAUUUUUCUAAUUUUAUUUAAUGUGUAUAAUUGAUGUAGAAUUUAUUUCAAUCAAUAAACUUGAUUAAUGUA